AGAAAGCAAGACGGAAAUUAGGUGCUAUGCUUGUUUGUUUCUUCUGAUACUAAAUAAAGAUGAGAAACUGCCAUAACUUGGUCAACAUUUUGAUGGAGUGAAGUAGAUGAUCAAAUGGUUCUAAUGACCAGAAACAUAACCUUUUUCUUUCCAUUUCUACUCGGGGACAACAAUGAUCAAGCUCUGAUAUAGUGAUAUAUGGAGGACAAGAAAGCGAAUAUAAUUGCUGUUGCAACAGUGAUCACCGUCAUCGUUUUUAUCGUUGUUGCUCGUGUCAGUCUCAAGCUUUCCAAGACUUUCUUUCUCAUCUUCGGGGCAGGUAUUGCAGUGAUUCUUGCUGUUCUUGCGUACCUAAUAAUCAGACGCCAUUAUAAUCGCAGGAGAAAGUUUUUGGAGUCAAGGUUAGUCUCAGAAGGCCGAGAGCUUCGUAUAGAGUAUAGUUUUCUCAGGAAAGUUGCUGGGGUUCCGACAAAGUUUCGAUACAGGGAGCUCGAGGAAGCAACAGACAAUUUCCAGUCAUUGUUAGGCCAGGGAGCUUCUGCAACAGUUUAUAGAGGAAUCCUAAACGAUGGCACUGCUGUUGCUGUGAAACGGAUUAAUGGAGAAGAGCACGGGGAAAAGGAGUUCAGAUCGGAAGUUUCAGCCAUUGCGAGUGUGCAACAUGUAAAUCUCGUGCACCUUCUUGGUUAUUGCUGUAAUCCUGGGGGACCUCGUUUUCUUGUUUACGAGUUCAUCCCAAAUGGUUCUUUGGAUUAUUGGAUCUUUCCUAGAAGGGAAAGCCGGAAUCGGCGUGGGGGGUGCUUGUCGUGGGCGUUAAGGUAUAAGGUUGCCAUUGAUGUUGCUAAAGCACUGUCUUACCUCCAUCACGAUUGCCGAUCAAGGGUCUUACACCUUGAUGUCAAACCAGAAAACAUACUUCUUGAUGAGAAUUAUAGAGCAAUUGUUGCAGAUUUCGGUCUCUCAAAGCUUAUGGGGAAAGAUCAGAGUAGAAUUGUCACAACAAUCCGAGGGACUAGAGGUUACUUAGCACCGGAGUGGCUAUUGGAGCAAGGAAUUUCAGAAAAAUCUGACAUCUAUAGUUAUGGGAUGGUUCUUCUAGAGAUGAUUGGAGGCUGCAGAAAUGUUUGCUUGAUAGAAACUAGUACCGGAAACAGGUCUGAAAGGAGGUGGAGAUAUUUCCCGAAAAUAGUGAAUCAGAAAAUCAGAGAAGGGACGCUUAUGGAAGUGGUUGACCGGAGGCUAGUAGAAGGUGGAGGUGGAGGUGGAGGAGGCGCCAUUGAUGAGAGGGAGGUAAGGAGAUUGGCUUAUGUAGCUUUGUGGUGCAUACAAGAGAGGGCUGGGAUGAGACCUAGCAUGGCUCGGGUGGUUGAGAUGCUGGAAGGUCUUGUGGCUGUGGACGAGCCUCCUGACACGCGAAUGAUCGUUGUUGAUCUAUUGGCAAUAGACGACGAUCAGCAUGAAUCGGAUGCUCGGAACGGGCCGCAGGUUGCAGCAAUGGCGGCACCACGCCUAGUGGAUAGCAAUAAUCUUCCCAUCUCAUUAGCAAAUUCAUUUGCCAUGUCAAUUCUAUCUCCAAGAUAGCUCCAAUAAUAAUAUUAAGCUUUCCACUGAUCACAAGUUUGUGUACAGAUCUAGAGGAUGAAUUUUAAUACAGAAUGAUGUAUUUCUUGUCCUCAUUAAAUCAGGUAUUCGAGACACAGCACUCUCAUGCUUUACACAUUUUAUCAAUUUAAAUGUAGAAAAUUCAUCAUCUUGAU